AGUCGCUGACGCAUGCGUAUUACAGGCACGCUAGUGGAUCCUGUUUGUCUUCAGCCCUACGCAUCCAGCACGGACCAUAGCCUACGCGAAGAACUAUCACCGAAUUCAAAUACAUGAUCCUCGCUUAAUCACUCCAGCUCUCGCCAGCAACCGGGCUGGAUAACGACGAGCAAUUGAAAUACUUCGGAAUUUAGUGAAAACGGUGAACUGAGCACUGGAGAUUGGAGCAAAUCACGACAGUUUUUGUUAUUUUUUGGAUAAAUUUCCUCCUCGCGUGUGAGGAUGAGGUUGACCAGCAGCAGACGGUGCUCAACAGUGGAUGGGGACGGAAAGGAGCUGGCUCCUCCGUUUAGAAACCCCUUUGUGCAUGACUUGCGGUUCACCCCCAUGCAGAAAGCCAAGAUUGCCGUCAUGUCCGUGACACUCUUCCCCAUCCGCCUUUUCUUCGCUGCGUUUAUGAUGCUGCUGGCCUGGCCCUUCGCCUUCGUGGCCACCGUGGGGCGCUCCGACCAGGUCGUGGAGCCACUCUGCUGGUGGAGAAGGUUGGUGGACCUGGCGCUCAAAGCGAUAAUGCGGGCGAUGUGGUUCGCUGGCGGCUUCCACUGGGUCACGGUGAAGGGGCGGCAGGCCCCGCCCAGCGAGGCGCCCAUACUCACCCUGGCGCCGCACUCCUCCUACUUCGACGCCAUUCCCGUCACCAUGACCAUGGCGUCCAUCGUAAUGAAGGCGGAGAGCAAGGACAUUCCAGUCUGGGGCACCCUGAUCAAGUUCAUCCGGCCCGUGUUUGUCUCGCGGUCGGACCAGGACUCCCGCAGGAAGACCGUGGAGGAGAUCAAGAGGCGGGCUCAUUCGGGAGGGGAGUGGCCACAGAUAAUGAUAUUCCCAGAGGGGACGUGCACCAACAGAUCCUGUCUGAUCACAUUUAAGCCUGGAGCCUUCAUCCCUGCAGUGCCCGUGCAGCCCGUGGUGCUUCGCUACCCCAACGAAAUGGAUACGAUCACGUGGACGUGGCAAGGCCCUGGAGCGUUCAAAAUAUUGUGGCUCACACUUUGCCAGCUUCACAACGUGGUGGAAAUUGAGUUCCUGCCCAUCUACACUCCCUCUGAAGAGGAGAAAAAGAAUCCUGCUCUGUUUGCCAACAACGUCAGGCGCCUAAUGGCCAAGGCUCUGGAGGUUCCUGUCACAGAUUACUCGUUUGAGGACUGCCAGCUCGCCAUGGCCGAGGGCCAGCUGCGCCUGCCCGUCGACACGUGUCUGCUGGAGUUCGCCCGGCUCGUCCGGAGGCUCGGUUUGAAACCCAGGAAGAGCGAGGAGGUCCUCUGGGAGUACGGCGGCCGGGCCAGGAAGGUGCGGGGCGAGAGGCUGACCCUGGAUGACUUCGCGCAGUACCUGAACCUGGCGGUGUCCGACACUCUCAGAGACAUGUUCUCCCUCUUCGACGAGCACGAGGAUGGGACCAUGGACAUCAGAGAGUACGUGAUCGCCUUGUCUGUCGUGUGCAGGCCAUCAAAAACUCUGGAAACGAUAAAACUAGCCUUCACGAUGUUCGAGGCGGAGGAGGACGGCGCCAUCGUGGAGGACGAGCUGGCCUGCAUACUGAAGACGGCCCUCGGGGUGCCGGACCUGAGCGUAACGGACCUCUUCAGCGCCAUCGACGUCCAGGACACGGGGAAGAUCACCUUCGAGGAGUUCCGAAGCUUCGCGGAGCAGAACCCGGACUUUGCGCAGGAGUUCCUGCACCCCCACCAGUCAGGCUUCCAGAACGGCGGGGACACCCCCUCCCCCACCGCCCUGUGCAACGGGUUCUGCACGGACUUCACCCCCGACGAGCACGUCGGCGCCGGGGACGGCUCGCGCAAGAAAGUGGACUGAGCGGCCGGCGGCCGGGGCGAGCCGAGGCGGCCCCCGCCGGGGAAGGUGCGCCGUGCUGGACAGCCCGACGAAUCGGGAUCACGACCCCCCCCCCCCCUCCCCCCU